GCCCCACCCCGGUCCCGCCUCUUGGGCGGAUGAACCAAUAGGGGCGUGAGUUGUGGUUUAAACGCAGAUUCUGGUGCGACCGCUGGAGACCGAGUCUUGGGUGGUUUUGGCUGUUGAUCCCAACGGUCUAAUAUGUACUUCACAUCCCUAGUUUAAUCCAGAAUGGCUACUCUGAUCUUUGUUGAUAAGGAAAAUGGAGAACCAGGCACCCGUGUGGCUCCUAAGGACGGGAUGAAGCUGGGGUCUGGGCCUUCAGUCAAAGCCUUGGAUGGGAGAUCUCAAGUUUCAACACCACGUGUUGGGAAAACGUUUGAUGUUCCCCCAGCCUUACCUAAAGCUGCCAGAAAGGCUUUGGGGACUGUCAACAGAGCUACAGAAAAGUCAGUAAAGACUAAUGGACCCCUCAAACAGAAACAGACAAGCUUCUCUGGCAAAAAGGUGACUGACAAGACUGUGAAAGCAAAAAGCUCUGUUCCUGCCCCGGACGACGCCUAUCCAGAAAUAGAAAAAUUCUUCCCCUUCAAUCCUCUAGAUUUUGAGAGUUUCGACCUGCCUGAAGAGCACCAGAUUGCACACCUGCCCUUGAAUGGAGUGCCUCUCAUGAUCCUCGAGGAGGAACGGGAACUUGAAAAGCUGUUACACCUGGGCCCCCCUUCCCCUCUGAAGAUGCCUUCUCCACUGUGGGAGUCCAAUCCGUUGCAGUCUCCCUCAAGCAUUCUGUCAGCCCUGGAUGUUGAAUUGCCGCCCGUUUGCUAUGACUUCAACAUUUAAAUUUCUUAGCACUUUAUAGUUUGUGUGUAUGUAUGAAUAGUUUGUAUUAAUAAAGCAAUUCUUUGUUUAACAGACUCUUAA